AAUUUUAAUUAUUCUUAUUAAAAAAUGAGUCCCAAACACUGCCUUCUUCUAGAAAAUUCUGCGUCAAUUGACGACAGCGCAGACGCAAGCAUACGCGCCUGCCUGUUCAUGUUAGCAUAUUUUGCUAACAUGCACCGUCUCUUUCCUUGUAUAUACAUACAUAUAUAAAUACAAACCUUUUCUUUGCAAUUCUACAAUAUUGAAAUACCCUUAUAAUUUUUAAUUUUGAUUUGAUUGAAGAACUUAAGAAACUAUUGAUCGAACUCAAAGGAGUAUGCAGCAGCAACAAGAUAAGAAUGACAUCUCAGUGACAUGGAGGGCCAAGAAGUUCAUUGUCCCAAUGACCCCAAAUGCCACCCUCAGAGAAUUUGGGGACAGCCUCCAGAAAUUGACUGAUGUCAGGGCAGAUACCUUGAGACUUAUUGUUCGGUCCGAUAAAAGCUCAAAAAUGUUAUAUCCGUUCUCCGAUGAGCAUUCUUCUCUUACUUUGCAAGAAACACCACUUUUUCAGGUGAAAUCUAUUAUGAUGAUGGGGGUACCCAAAGCUGAGGUGGAUCAAGUUCUACAAAAUGCAAAAGCAGAUAUGAGAAUUGCUGGAUUUGAUGAAGAGGAAAAGAGACUUAGGCAAAGAAUUUCAAGUGGCCCUAGUACUCCACUCAAACUUCCACAGGGAAAUUACAUCUUUUCUGAAUUUCGCACGCUUAAUAUUCCGGGACUCGAGUUAAAUCCUCCCGCUUCUGAGGCAUUAAAAUUAAUGCAUAUGCUUGCUGCCGAUCCUGGAAUUGUUGCUGUUAUGAAUAAGCAUCGAUGGCGUGUAGGGAUUAUGACUGAGAUGGCACCUGAAGGUUAUGUUGGUGUUAGUCCAGUGUGCAUUCUUGGUUUCAACAAGAACCAAGGGGAAGAAAUUUCUCUACGCCUUCGAACUGAUGAUCUCAAGGGGUUUAGAAAAUAUCAGAGCAUUAAAAAGACUCUCUUGCAUGAACUUGCUCACAUGGUGUACUCUGAACAUGAUGCGAAAUUCUUUGCUCUAGAUAGUCAGCUUAAUAAAGAAGCGGCUUCUCUGGAUUGGACAAGAUCGACGGGCCAUACUUUGAGCGGGAUGGGAUUUUCCCGAGAACAUGAAGAGCAGCUAAGCACUAGUGGCGAGAAUGGAAAUCUAUCGCGAAAGCUUGGGGGAAAGGGUACAGAUCAACUGGCUGAUGCCCGUUUGUCGUCAGUAACUGCUGCUUAUCGCCGUUUGGACAGCGCAUUUAGUAAUCUCUCUGGGACAACAGAUGUAGCUGAAAAACAUAUGCAGGCUGAUUCGGAGCUUAAUACUCAAUAUGAAGCUGAACUUGUACAUGCCGCAGCAAAAGAACUGAGUAUGGCAGAAUUAAAUGAUACUCGUACUGAAUGUAACAAUGGGUCUCAUGCUCAUGAGUGCUUGGGCAAAGGAAAGAUGGAGCCUGACCCUGACGACAGUGUAGACAUGGAAGCCAUGGAAUCUGAACCGUACCGUAUGUACAAGGAGGCAAAGAAUAUUUCUGAACCAGAUCCUGAUGAUGCAGAAAUGUUUGAGAGGAUGUCUCCUUUGACGACUGAAAAAUUGUUUGCAGAAACAUAUUUACAUGGGGAACCUGAUCCUGAUGCUGCAGGAACUUCCAACAUUAAUGGAUUUGUUAAUAAACCAGAUCAAUUUGUUGAUAGUAGGGAAAGUCAGAUUCAACAUGAGAAGAGGGUUGAUAAAUUUGUUGGUCGAGGUGAUUCUGCAGCAGGCCAAAAUAUGUUGUGCGGUGACUCAAAUGUCCUUGUUGAAGAUUCGACUCUCCUGGAGAGCAUGAAACCUCAUCAGCUAACUGAGAACUCUACAGAACCAGAUCUCGAUGUCUCCCAAAAAGGAGUUACAUACGCAGAGCCUGAUCCUGAUGAUAGUAUGGUUCCUUAUCAGGGAAUUUCCAGAACACAGACUGCUGAGCCAGAUCCCGAUGAUCAAGAAUUGCAGAGAAUUCAAGACCCCGUGACUGUUGUCUGUAAUCGUCUGCAAAAGGCCAUUGAGAUGUUGCAGUCUGAAGUCAAUCCUUCUGAAUCUGUCAUAGUUCUUCAGACUUUGUUUAAGAUAAUUAGGAAUGUGAUUGAACACCCAAAUGAAAUAAAAUUCCGAAAGCUGCGCAAGGCUAACCCAAUAAUCCAGCGGAAUGUUGCAAAUUACAAAGCUGCCAUGGAGAUUUUGCUGCUGAUUGGAUUCAUCGAAGAUGUUGUGUUGGAUGAGAUAGGGAAGUCGGAAACCUACUUAAUCUUGAAACGGAACGACCCAGGCUUGUUAUGGCUUGCCAAAUCCUCCCUAGAGACACGCAUUUCUUAGUAAAUCGAGAUGUCAAACAGUAUUUGGUGUGCAAUGUGUUGAUAUGGUUCUUGCCAUAACUGUACAAAGAUGAAAAUACAUUGUAAAGGGUGGUGUUAAUGAUCAUGGUAAUCACAAUUGCUAGAGAGAGUUGUCCAAAAUAACAAUUGUAAUAUCAAUAUUUUCUGUAAAUUGUACUUUCUGAUAUUUUUAUAAGUGUUUAUAGAAUUUCUAUUGUUGCGUAUUA